UCCAAUUUCUUACAUUUUUUAUUUUUUAUUUUUAAUCUUUUGAUCUUGCUUCUUACUCUUUCUAUACUCCUUUGAGCUGCAUUUUCUUGAUGAAUUUUCACUAAGAUGUAGAAAACUGAAAUUUUGUAUCUUUCUUUUUUGUUUAAUUCCAUGUUCUUAUUUUCCUAAUAGUUUUCUAAUAAAACAUAAUUGUUCAACUAAAUAUAACCAUAUUUGUACUUAAUUUUCAUUUUCCUAAAUUUAGAAACUUUUUUCAUCUCAAAUUCUAUAUAUAUUGAGUUAUAUUUAAAUUAAUCAUGAUCAUUUUUAAGGUUAAGUUUAAUUACUCUAAAUUUUCAAUUCUCACAUCAUGAACUUGUUGAUUGAAAAUAUCAAGCUUGAGAAAAACAAAAUUAAAAAUUAAUUAUGAGUUAUUCAGAAUGUUUCCACAUAUAUAUUCAUAGCACAAGUGGAAACAGCUAGAGUUAGCUUUAAGUGCUGGAUCUGGAAAAGUGUUACAAAAGGAAAAAUAAAAGUGAUUAAGAUGGAAAGUGUUUUUCUUGUGAUACUUCCGUGUUCUUUCAUUUUUCUUCCAUUUUUCUAUUGAUUGAUUUAUAUUAAUAUUAUGGUUUUCAAGUGUGAAUGAUUCUUAGUGGAGUGUUUGUCUUUUUCUUCCCCACUAAGGGGAGGUUUAUUGAAGAAGAAAAAGUCAUUUUAUUCCUUUUUUUUUUUCUUUUUUAUUAUGGAAAAAAGUUUGGAGGAAAAGGACUUGUGAAUGCUUAAGUUAAUAAUUUCUUUUUGGUCUUUUGUGUUGCACUAAAUACAUGGUUGCAAAAGAGGAAUUCAUGCUAUUUUGCUUCUGUUUUUGUUGUUUAACAAUAAUAGAUAAAAGUGUUAGUGGGUUUGUUUUCAUGUUAGUGUUGUUUGGUCUUUUGGUCACUCAAUUUGGAACAAUUCUAAAGACAUGAAGUAACUUAAGAUCUUUUGAUCGACUUAGAUAAUUAGAUUCUCUGCCACCUGUGCAGUCUCUCUGGCCGUACUUUGAAGUUGGAUUAAUUUAACGGCUGAUGGUGUUAUAUCUCAGCUGUUACAUUAAUCCAAUUUAAGAGGUGCGACUGGAGAGACUUCACAGAUGUAUGGCAGAGGAUUUGGAUUAUAUUUUGAUACUUGUUUCUGUGUAGCCUCUCUGGUCACACCUUGAAGUUGGAUUAAUGUUUGAUUGUAGUUUCAAUGUUUCAGCCAUCAACACUUAGUGGGCUCUUUCAAAGUCGGCUUUUUUCGGUGAAGCAUGGGCUUUGAAUUUGCAAUCAUGCGAAGAGUGACCUUGUUCAAUCAUCUGCAAUGUCGGAAUUUGAUUUAUUUGUAGAGGGAGAUCUGUUCAAAGCGCCUGAGACGAUUAUGGAAGAACCGGAGAUGGACCUUGAUCCUAUGCAAGCCAUGUCAAUGAUAUCUUGUGGCGAAGAUAUGUCGUCUCAGGGUCUAAAAUCUUCUGAUAUUGAAAAUGUACUUCAAAAUGAACAGCUUUUAAGUGAGGUAUACUAUGAGUGCAAAAAAGAUCUCUUGGAAAAGGCAAAUAUAGAGUCACCUCUAUCUGAAAUUCUCGAAAUCAAGAUUCCUGCUCUGAACAUCGAGGAGAAUUCGGUUCAAGAAAACAAACCGAUUCCUGAUGUACUAUUACCAAAGAGUGUUAGUUCGGGAAGUUUGAGUUCAAUGGAUUGGAUGCAUGGAGCUGCGAUGAAGCCUGCUUUCCUUGAUUUCCCUGGAAUCGAUUUCAAUGCGGUUUAUGGCAUGCGGAGGGCGUUUAGUGAAGGUGAUAUAAAGACUCUUGGAAACGGUAACAUGAGUGUUGGCCAAUCUACUCUCGAGAGGCCUUUUCUUCACACCAACUGUACGAGUGAGCAACGCCAAGAAAAACUCUCUAGAUAUAGGAAUAAGAAGACAAGGAGAAACUUUGGGAGGAAAAUAAAGUAUGCUUGCAGGAAGGCACUUGCUGACAGUCAACCAAGAAUCCGUGGAAGAUUCGCGAAAACGGAGGAACUAGAUGUCAAGAGGCAAUGACUCUUUAACUGAACUAGUUGGAAAAAAACAAAACAAAACAAAAAAAGAGAAAUCAAGUUGAUGCAUCAGAUCAAGAAUCAUGGUUGGAAAAGCUAGGAAGUGCUGUGUGAUUGGAAAUUAUGAACCUGAUGAACUUCUGUAACUUGAGCAGGUAUCUUGGAAUAAGAUAAACCUCAAACUCUCUCCUAAGUAGUUUGCCUUAUGUAUCUGCUGUAGUAGUAUUCUCUUUGUAGAUGGAUAUGACCUUCUAGAUAUGUACAUAGGUUUGAGGAAUAAAAUAAAAGAUAAGGUUGUAUCUGUAAACUUGUUUAAUUGUAGUAUCAUGUUAAAUAAUGAUGUUGAGAAUUUAGAAUUAUUUCUAACAA